CUUGCAUGAACAGGAUUCGGCCAUGCGACUCGGGUCAACCAAAUCAUUACAGAGCUCCUACAGUCAAAGACGGUCGUUGAUUCAUUCACUGCAGUUUCCGAUCCGGUUUUGACACAGUUGAAUACAGUCGUAAAUGCCUCGGGGACGACUGAAAUCAUGACGACGACGACGACGACACUGGUCACGACCACGACCACGACCACAACCACGACAACGGCCACGACGCCUGAUACGACGGCGAACGGCAGCAUGUCUCGGCAUACCAUCUACAUUGUCUCGGAUGCACCCCAGUUUAUCUUUCAGGAUGUGAUUGCAUUAGGAGCUAUUUACCGAAACGCCAAAGUGGAUGCCGGCGUCGUGCAACCUCUGGCGUAUUCAGUGGAUCGGCAAAAGACCAUUGAGGGCGUCAAGAGCUUUUUGGCAAGACGUGAGGAGAUGAUUCGGCACGAAGUCUCAUGGUUACAACAGGUCGGCGCUAACUGCGUCCUUGCCGACGCUCCCUUCUUGCCAUGUGCUGCAGCACACGCUUACGGGAUCCCGGCAUGUUUGAUCACGAAUUUCACAUUUGAUGAGGUCUAUCGGUUCCUGAGAGAGGGCAAUCCCAUGGAUAGGGACGUGAUUGCAUGUGCAGAUGCUGCGCUGGAAGACUAUAAGAAGGCGUCGUUGCUGCUUCGGCUACCAGGUUCAAUCGACAUCCCAGCGUUUGCGGACGAAAUCUCGAUGCUGGAAAAUAGACCAACUAUUCAGAAGCUGUCCUGUUUGAACGCGGAUGAUACGAAGGAGACCAUGGGCCUACAACUCGGCCAGCAGAAUGCAGAUCAUGACCAGGAUCGAGAACUUCAUCUUCAACACCUAGGAGCCACUAACGGAACAUUGAAUGGUGAACAGCAGGGUCAGCAGUCACGAAAGAACCCGCAGUUAUCUGUCAUUACCUCUGUAUUCAGGGCAGGAAAACCGGGGCCGCUGCAGCGACGCGUGAUUGAUGUACCCCUGGUGGUCCGCAAGGCGAUCAAUUCUCGCGAGGACGUGCUCCGGUCGCUUGGUGUGGAUGAAGAGACGAUCAAGACCAAGAAAAUGGUGUUGGUUUCGUUUGGGGGACAACGGUUGAAGCAAGGAUGGGGGAACCCGUUACCGGAGGGCUGGAUUGGCGUUAUUUGUGGAUUGCCGGUUUCGCAUGAGUUGCCGGAUGGAUUCUAUAGGAGUCCACAUGGCGUCUAUGUGCCGGAUUUGACCCACGCGGCGGAUAUUGUCAUUGGAAAGCUGGGAUACGGAACUUGCUCAGAGUGCAUUGCGCACGAUACCCCGUUAAUCUAUGUUUCCCGACCGCAGUUCAUUGAGGAGCAAGGUCUUAUCAAGUUGAUGAUCAACCACGGCCUGCCUGUAGAAAUGACUGCCGAGGAGUUUGAGACGGGACUCUGGCAACGGUCGAUUCUGGAAGCGGAUCGUCUUGCGGAAGAGGAGCGGGAAGGGCGCAAGUUAUUUCUGGGGACAUGCGAUCCUGAUACUGCAGCUGCUGUCGUCCGUCGAAGGAGAUCGUCAGCUGGGUUUUCGAUUUCGUCGUUUGCAUCGUCCUCGUCGACGUCGUCCUUGCACCGCCGGGCGUCCAAGGUCAAGUCAUUGGCAGAGUCCGUGAACAUGGGAGAGAUGGCACGUGGGGGACCAAUUUCACCGCCGGUGAACGAUGAGGAUUCGCCAAUGUUGUCCCCGGCACGGUCCAGGAGACGGUCCGCUUCGAUUUCUUCGCUGACCUCGGCCACGAUUCGGUCCAAGGUUAUGAACACCGCUGGUAACAGUAGUGCUGGCAAUGGGACAGAUAAGUCAGCGCGCGUCGGGAAUGGUAGUGCUGCUGCAGAUGGGCGGGGACAAGACCUGGUGAUGAUGGAAUCUGAGAGCCCAGAGCCAGCGGCCUGGUUCGAGAGACGGAUACCCCAUGACGGUGGAAAGGUUUGCGCACAGCUCGUGGAGGAGUACAUGCGGAUAUGGGACGAGUAUGGCCCCAGAAGGCAGUAGCGACUAUAUUUAUUGUAUUCGCGGUGCACGGUCCAUUAGUAACAACGCGAUGCACGCACAGCAAUAAAAAUCCCUCCGUGCCUGGAAAGACCAAUUUUGGUGGUACAACUAUCGGUCAAGGACCAUGGACCUGAACGGCC